CUUCAUUCCACACUCACUCAGAUCAUCACAACUACCUUCCUCGAGCCAAAACCUGGGGGAAUUUUCUGAAUUUCGGACACACGUUGAGGUCUUUCCAGCAGCUGUUCAUCCUGAAAGGCAAAAAUGUCCAGUCCACUAGAGCGGGUGGUAGCCCAGAAGAAGGAGGCCAUUGAAGCUGUAAUGGAGAUGUUUGAGAAGGGAGCUGAGGUUCUGGCCAGCACUGUAGGAGAGUUAUGUCCUCUUUUUGAAGCUGCUGCACCAGUUUUGAGGCUGGUCUUGGACAACGUGGAAAGCAAGGAGGUCACAUAUGUCAAAGAUCAGUUUCUAGUUGUGAGGAGCAAAUUGGAUGUUCUCUCAUUUCAGCUGGAGGACAUCAACUGUGAGAUAAAGAAGGGUUGCUUGGAUUCUCAGUUCUUCUCUGUGGAGGAGAAUAUAUGCAACCAGUUUAGAAAAUUUAUGGACAUUCUGGAGGCCAAUCAUGAUUACAAAGAGGUCAGAAAACGUGUGUUCUUGCAGCAUUUUCCCCGAUCGAGAGGAGAGAAUAACCUCUACAUACUUUAUGAUGCUUUGAUUGGGAACAGCACAUUUGGAGAGCCAAUUCUGGAUGUAGUGGAACAAUAUGGUGCCAGAAACAGGAGGGUCCUGGAAGACUUCUGUGUAAGGUUGAAGGAGCUUCUCUGCUUGGGAAUAAUUGCUCUACUGGGAUAUUGUUUCCUUAAUCUGGGUGAAGAGGCAGAGCAGGAGAAGAUGCAAGAGUGGAGCACCAAGAUCCAAGUAAUUGAGAUGAAAAUGAAGGAAUCCAUCGAGAAAUGUGUGAAUUCCUUUCCAGAGCAAGCUGAACUGGACAUCCAGAGGCUUAUGAAGGAAAGAGAGAGUGGGAACCUCCAGGAAAUGGCCAAUGAACUGCUGGACUUCCUGGCCAAGAAGUACGACUGGGUGAGCUGGUCCAUCCGUGUCAUUACUAACUUGGGCAAAAUUCGUAACUGGAGAGCUGGAGAAAACUUUCAGUCUAUGGCCGGCCAGAAAUACUUUGAAGUAUCGCAAGGAACUGAAACCAUCCUGGUGGUGUCCUACUGCAGCAACCCUCAACCUGUGCCAAAUGAGAACAUAAAAGAAACAAUGGAAGGUCCUGCUAAGAAGGGAGAUGCCAAAGCUGUAGUUGAGGUUCUGGAGAAGCAGUUAGCUGGGUUUUUGGUUCAUGCUGUCAGUCGUCACAAGGAAAGCUUUGCUGUGUCGAAUUUUCCUGAAGAUUGCCACUACUGGGAGAAACAUAAGAAUGUGAAUCUGUGUGUGCAUUCAGAGUAGACAUAGAAAGGUGAUUCUGAAAGAGGAUCAUUAUUGUGAUAGGCAGUACUGAAUCAUUUUAAAUCAUGCUAGAUGUCCACAAAUAUACUAUUACUUUUGCACUUUAUCCAUGGUCUAUGGCUUAUAUGGCAUUGUUCAUUGUCAGCUUGCAAUCAACUGUCUCUAACAAACAUGAAGUUACUUAAUUUAUUGUACAAUAAUUCACCACACACUAAUUCUUCAGACUAAUCUUAAAUAACCAUCAUCAUGUUUGUCUAAAGUAAAAAGGCCAUCUGUGUUGCACCAAAAAAUUACAACAUAAUUUACUGACAAAUUACAAUGUCAUAAUUUACUCACCAUCAUGUUUUCCUCAUAAACUUGUAUCAUGUUAUGCAAUAAAUGUAUAAAUGUGUCUGUCUGAAAUCCUCCCUUUAAACAAUAUCACACAUCAAUCUGAAUGUUGCAGUGAAUUUGUGUUAUAAUGGUAGAGGUAAGAAUAGUAAAUGGUUUUUGGACCAGAAAAACUAUAUUUUUAAGAUGCCAAGCCUAGGAAUGUGGCCUUUGUGAGAGUGACCUACAUACUAUAGUGCUGACAGAAUAAAAGUGCCCCAUCAACCAUGAAAACAGGCCAAGACUUCCCAUGAAACAAGUCUGUUUGCCUUUUCUCAGAGGAGCACAAACUGCAAAUGCUAAGCGAGAAUUUUUUUAAUGUUAUUUAUUUCCAAUAAAUAUUUUACAGUCAAUAGUUCACAUGCAUUUCUAUGAUACACCACUCAGAGACACAUUUAAUUACUGCUUUUCUAUGCAAGUCAGCAUCUUCUGGUCAAGGGGCUGCUGACAAGCUCCAUAGUGCUGCAAUCAGCUCACUAGUUGUUAAGAUCACUGAGGUGCAGAAUGAGGGAACGAUCCAUCAUUUUAUACUCACAAGGGAGAAUCCAUUUUCAUUCUAUUGCACCUUCUACUGAGGUGCAUUUCUAGCAACCUGGUCUAACAGAAUCACAUUACUAUACCUACAUUUUUGCUAAAUAAUUUUUUCGUGGCUCGUUGUACGCAUCGUAGCUGUUUUCUUGUGAAAUAAACACUAGAGGCGCUACAACAACGACUUUUAUUCACAUUCACAGACAUCACGAAUACAACGGUAGAUUAUCAGUUCAUGAACAUUCACUCUUACGACAUCAAAACACUUGUAAGUGACCUGUAAGUUGUAAGGAGAAACAUUUUAACAUUUGCAUUUUAUAUGCCAACUAAAUAUACAAGCUUAUUCGCAGGGUUGGGGAGUAACGAAAUACAUGUAACGGGAAUACGUAUUUAAAAUACAAAAUAUAAGUAACUAUAUUCCACUACAGUUACAAUUUAAAUCAUUGGUAAUUAGAAUACAGUUACAUUCAAAAAGUAUUUUGAUUAUUGAAGAGAUUACUUUGCAUUUUAUUGUCAUUUGUUUCAUUUAAUAUUUAGUCCUUUCAGAUGGAAAACAUUUAUACAUAUAAAUGAUGUGAUCCAAAGUGCAUUUGAACAGCGGUGAAACACUUUCUUAUGAUGUGUUACAUUCAUACGAGCAGACAGAGAAGUAAGUUUGAAGUAAGUUUGGAGCAGAAGAAAUAGAAAUAAACCUUGUGUAAAUUGUCAGCUUUACGCUAAGCUAAAAUGCUAUUUCUAGCCAUUUUACAUGCACGUUACCAGACACGAUCAUAUUUUCUUAUCAAGAAAAUUCACAUUGGAUCAUAAUUUCUUUUUUUCUAGUAAGACCUUUGAUAUUAGGGCAAAAGUCAUAUUCUUGAUAAAAAAAUUUUAUUGUUUUCCUGUAAAAAUAUCUAAAAAUCCUUAAAAUAAGAUCAGUUUGAUUUAUCUUGUUUUAGAAACAACACUGCAUAAGAUAUUUUGGUUUUUCAGAGAAUGUAUUUUUAACAUGUGUAUUUUGUCAUACUGUACUGGCAGAAUUUUUAUAGUCAAAACAAGUGAAAAAAUCAACCAGUGCUGAAGAAGUAAUCCAAAGUAUUUAGAAUACGUUACUGACCUUGAGUAAUCUAACGAAAUACGUUACAAAUUACAUUUUACAGCAUGUAUUCUGUAAUCUGUAGUGGAAUACAUUUCAAAAGUAACCCUCCCAACCCUGCUUAUUCCAGCGUGAUCAAACUGCACAACACAAAGGACCAGGGUUCGAGUCCUGAAGAGCACGUAAGUCGAAACUACAGCCAAAAGUGUCAUAGUGUCUUUCUCAAAAUUCACCACAAAAUGACAUGGUUGCUUCAGCAAUUGUGUUUUUCAAUUGCUUUUAUGACGCUAUCAUUUAGAAUUAGGUUAAAGGUUUAGGAUGGGUUUGGAUUUGAUGAUUUAAAACUCAACAAAGCAUUUACGUUCAAAACCUCAUCUGUUUGGGAGGAAAUUCAAAUCGCUCUUAGCACCACACAAUGGAUAUUUCACUUCGGAACUGCAGCAAUACAUGUAAUGAACCACGUAAUAUAAACGUAGCCACAUAAUUUUAAUGAGAUCAGGCAGAUUUCUACUGUAAGUUAAAAUGAUAGUUCACCCAAAAAUUUAAAUUCUCUCAUCAUUCAGAAUCUUUAGAAGUGUGUUCUGCAGAAGAUAAAAAAGUCAUACACAUCUGGGAUGGCAUGAGGAUGAGUAAAUGAGAGAAUUUUCAUUUUUUGGUGAACUAUUCCUUUAAUGCUAAAAAUACUCUUUUUUUUGUUGUUGUUGUUGUUGUAAAAAGGAUAUUGUUUGAAACUAUACUCAAAAUUACUGACAUGGAAUUAAUAUAGAAAGCAACAUACCAUGUUGUUACAGAACUCAUUUUAUCCUUAGCGAACUUCCUUUUGUGGAAGGUGGAAAUCGUAUUAAAACAAUAAGCCAUAAUCGAGACAUUGUGUUAAAGUGAUUUUACAACAGGAAAGGAAUGUUCAUCUAAAACCAGCUUAACCAUGGUCAAAUCACUGUAACACAAUGUAAACAAAGGCAAUGCUGUAUAAUAAAAGAAAGCAAUGUUAAAUUUGCCACUAUUUGGAAUUGUCUAUUCAUCCACCAAUUAAUAAUGUUGAUUAGCUUAACUGAAGGAUGUUUACAUUUGCAAUGCAAUGAUGCAUUAAUGUACACUCCAAAAAAUAGCUCUAUGGCUGAACUUGACUAAAUCGUGGACAGUGGUUCUACAUGAUUGAAAUGAGUUUUCUUAACUUAAAAUUAAUAUGUAAUCUCCACACAGACCCUUUGCAUAAAAAGAACUUAGUUGAAUUGGGUAAACCUAACAAAAUUAGACGUGUCGAUGUAACUCAAAUAAAUCUCUUAUUUAUGUAUGUACUAACUAGUGAAAGUGGAUGUUAGCAUGCUAUAUACAUGCUGAUUGGAUACACUACAAAGUGUAAUUUAGUUACCAUGCUAUGGUUAACACAGCAUUUGCUUAACAAAUUGAGUAAUCUAUUUCAUGCGUGACACCCACUUGUUCUCAUCAUUAGCUCAAGCUCCACUCUUCACCAUAAUACUCCAACAUUAAAGAAGAUCUUCUAAAACUCAACAUAACAAAACAUUAAACACUAAAUAGUGUCCCCCUUUAUAUUCAUCUUGGACAAAAACAUAAAAUAAUGUUCACUUUCACAAUGUUUACUCUCCCUUUUGAGUCUCAUGCAAAGCAUUCUGGGAAAUGAAAAUCCCCUGCCCAGUUUGUUCAAUGCUUCAUUAACACCACAAAAAAUAUUCAUGUAGUCCCAACUCAAAUGGAUUAAGUAAAAUUUUACUUCACAAAACUGAAUGGAUAUAAUGCAAGUAGUGACAAAAUGUUCUAGAAGUCUGUUGCUUAAGUUCAUUUUAAUUAAGUAAACUGAACAAGCAGCAAAAUUCCUUUAUAGUAGAAUGUGUGGCCACAGAUGUGCAUUUAUCUGCAUUUUGAAUUUGAAUGCCAAAUAUCAUAACUAUCCAUUUUAUGGUAAGGUUUAACUAUACAUAUUAUAGAAGGGUCCUGGAAUUUUUUAAGCAAGGGUUUUCAAGAUGUUCAUGCUCCUGUGUCAGAGACUGAACAGAAAAUAUGGUUCAGCCAAUAGCAGCUUGUAUAUUCAUUAGAGGUUGAGGCUUGUGUCCUGGUUGAAGCUAUUGAUCAUGUGGCUUCCAUCUCUGAUGUGGCUGAACCUUAAACCUAUCUGUUACCAAACCAAAACAAAUGUAUAGGAUUCCAUUAUGACGAACUUGAGUUUUGCUGGACCACAAUAAAUCAUGUUCUUUUUAAGAGAAAUGUUUGAAACUUUUUAAAAUAAAGACAAAUGAAACCACAACCAUCUCCAGAAAAGGACAUCAGUCAAUAUCAAUAUUUCAUAAACAAAUGAGUGAUUUUAUGAAACGGAAUAUUAUAGUAGUGCCAGGGGUGGUCGAUCAUGCCUCACUCCGACUGAAUCUGCCAAUCACAGCCUGAGUUAAUGACAUUACCUAUUCAUCAGAGUACACCAUCGACCGGCCUGCUGGCUUUAAGUGCCCUGAUCUGAUAAAAAGCAUUAAAACAUUUGUACUGUGACA